CCACUCACAAAAACACAUUUUUGAUAUAUUUACGGUUGGAAAUUCAUAAAAUAUCUUCAUGGAACAUGAUCUUUAUUUAAUAUCCUAAUGGUUUUUGCCAUAAAAGUAAAAUCGAUCAUUUUGACCCAUACAAAGUUGGCUAUUGCUACAAAUAUACUCCUGCGACUUGUGACUUGAUUUGCAUGAAUAUAUAUUUCAUUAAACAGCACUUUUGUGUUGUUGUUGUCUAAUACUGAAUGUGUAUCACUUGGUCCCUCCUACUUUGUAUUGGCCAUUUUCAAAACCUCAAAAUAUUUUAUUUGUCUUCCCUGAAAUUAAAGAAAAGAAAGACAAAUCAUUUUAUUAUCUGUUCUGCUGUGUGUAAACCCAAGCACUGUUAAUGAUUGACAGGUAGAAGCCUAAUAAUUGACCUUUAUCUUCCUAAUGAACUGAGAUUAAUUAUAACCUCAAGGUCUUGUCUGGGAACUCACUGACAGUGCUGAGAGCACAACCAGACUUCCCAUGAGAAAAACUAUUCACAGAGAGAGAGAGAGAGAGAAAAAAAAGAGUGCAAAUAACUGAACAUUAAAUGAAGACAACAGCAGUUCACCUCAAAAGCCAUGACUUUGAGCUAUUAAAUAAUAUUGGCUUCUUUCUCGUUUUUGAAUCUUUGCUCAGUCUUUGACACAGUAAUGAUUUUUUGUUGUCUUUUUUUUUUUUUUUUUUUUUUAAUUCGUACUGCACUUUCUUCCGUGUUGGCACGCUCUAGUGUCAGAUCGUUAUUCUCUCCAAACGUCUCAGCAGCCCUCGUGCAAAUAAACGGCUGUUUCGACAUUAUUACUGGAAAAACAAGCAGCAAAUAAGCGGCAGAUAAUGACAGAACAUUACAACUGCAGCGUGUCCGUUUGCGUUUAUCAUGCUUGUUGAUUUAUUUGUGCAUUAGUAUAUGUUUGCACCAGAUAAGAAACAAGGGUGAGCGAGUGGUCAUGCAAACACGCCGCAUAUAGUGUGAGAAAAGCAAGGCGGAAUCGCACCUGCGAGCGCGCGGAGUGGAAAAGGUCAACCUGUCCGUGUCCGCCAUUGUCCCUUUGUCAAGGUUAGUGUGAGUUAGUUAGCAAUGUAUUUGAACCUUUAAAUAUAUAUUCCACCAUUCAGGAGAAACCUGAAACUUAAUUUCGAGAAGAGUGGAACUAAUGUUUAAUUCCUCCUCGUACACUAUGAAUUCCUCUUCGAUGCUCUAAAGAAGAUGCUUUAGUCAAGCAGUCUGAGUGAAAUUUGAAUUACCAUCUGAUUGUGACAAGACAAGGACAUAUAGGCUAUCUCAGAUAAACGACUGGCUAUUCAGAAGCAAUUCAUUUCAGAUUAGGCCUACAAGAUUUUUAUUUUAUUUAGAUGUUCUAUUCUUUUAAUUGUUAUGAUGUAGGCUUAUUUAAAAUAUUUCUAACAUUGUAAUUUUAAUUAAUAAAGGGACGUUAUUAUUAACUUGCACCAAACAUCUAAAUCUUAAACAUUUUUACGAAUGUAAUUACUGAUGAGGAAAAUCAAAUUUAAUAAAGUGAAAUAAUAUUGCCAUAACAUACAGUGUAAUCACAUUUUCAUACAGUGAAAUAAGAAAAAUAUAAUAACAUAGAUCACCAGUUGAAAUCAUAUCGAUAAUGUUAAUAAAUAUGUAGACUAUUUGUGAUAUUUUGUUUGCUAAAAAAAUGUGUGCAGUAUUUAGUGUAAAAUAACCAUUUUUUGUAUAUUAAUCUCAACCUAUAACACAUUUACUUAUUGUUGUUUACGUUGCUGUUUUAUUAAUAGCCUAUUGCAAACUAUUGGUAGACCAAAAUUAUUUUUCCAAAGGACCAAUUGUUGUAAACAAAUGUUUGUGUGGCCAAUUUAUAUAUUUUUAUAUAAAUUUUUAUAUAUAUUUUUAAGUCGUAAGAGAUGUGAAUUGUAUGGCUUGAUGUUGAAAUAAAUGCGUGUGUAGUGAAUUAAUUAGAAUAUUUUUGGAAGAUUCUCAACUAUAAGAGCAUCCAAAUGAACCAAUCAGAGAGUGUUUAGGAGGAGCGUGCUAGAGCGCGAGACAGUCAAAAACUGAUGCCUGCUCGCGCUCCAGGCAUAGUGUUGCGUCACGGGUAUAGAGAUGAAAACACAGUUAUAGAGAAACAAAAUAUCCACAACUGUCUUAAAGAGUUAGACAAUAUUACCAACGGUCAGGUCAGUGGCCUAAGGAAGAGUUCAUUGUAAAUUAAACCUAGUGUGAAGAAAAAAGAAACUCUUAAACUAAUUUAUAACCAAAUUUUAGCUUGACACUUAAAGUUCAGCUCCAUGGAUAAGUCGAAGAACUUUCGAAUAGACGCUCUGUUGUCAGAGAGCUCUCAGCGGAUAGUUCGCGAGGAUUCCCCGGGACUGUGCAAUGAAGGUACUGACAUUGAGCCCGCAACAUGCAAACGGACACAAAACUCUCCUACUCGCGCUUUUCAGCUUCAGACAGGGGUCAUACCCAAACCAGGCAUGCUAAACAUUUCUCACCCAGGAUUAACAUCACUUUCUCAAGGGUCUAUGCCAGGAAUGUAUCCCUCACCUAUGUACUCCAUCGCGGCACUUGGAGCGCAGCAUCCCACCUUCGCGUAUUCUGGUUUCGCGCAUCCGUACCAGGACCACCUGAAAGCAGCAGCCGUGGCCGGUUCAUUUCCGUUAGAACACUGGCUCCGGGCAGGACUCAUAAUGCCUCGCCUUGCAGACUACAGCGGGGCACCUCAAUCUGGUCUGAUUGGAAAGUGCCGGAGGCCACGCACAGCUUUCACCAGCCAGCAACUGCUAGAGCUGGAAAACCAGUUCAAACUCAACAAGUACCUAUCACGACCCAAACGCUUCGAAGUGGCCACUUCUCUCAUGCUGACUGAGACGCAGGUGAAGAUUUGGUUCCAGAACCGACGGAUGAAGUGGAAGCGCAGCCGUAAAGCCAAAGAGCAGGCUGCGCAACUGGAAACAGAUGGCUGUAAGUCAGGCAAGAGAGGAAACAAACCCAAAGACCUCAGUCGCUGCAGUGCACACGACGACGAUGAGGAUCUGGAUGCAGAGGAGGAAGAUGAAGAAGAAGAGGAAGAGUUCAGAAAAUCCAUUAAUGUAGGUCUAUCUCACCCUUCGGACUUCCUGCAGCACAGCUCCGCGCUGAGCUACAGCUCUCAUGGCUCCUACUCUGAUGACGACCUGGAAGAGAUCGGAGGAGACCGAAAGAUCAGGCUAGGGUUAUGAGGAAUUAAUGGCAUGUCAGUUCAUGAAUUGGACAGCUAACUACGUCAAGGUUUAAAAUCCAGCACCUCAAGACUGAAAGCUGUUGAUGUCAAAAUUAACCCAUUAGGCCCAAUGAGUUCAUUGUCCAUGAAUACUCACAGGAUGUUUAUAGUCAAAAAGUCUUAAAUGAUUCAUGAAAAUGGUCUUCCAGUUUAUUUGCACUUAAUAUUUUUUCUUGAAGGCUGCUUGUAAACUGCAAAUGUACACUAUUUCAAACUAACUUGUUUUUCUUACUCUUUAUUAUAUAUGUUAAUAUGGACAUUUUGGUUGAAAAAAUAGAAGCUGUUGAACCAAAUGAGGAGGCCUUUCCACUGAAAGUCACAGGCCGACACUUGUGCUCAUUGAUCUCUUGAACACAUUUCGUUUAGUACGUAGUCAAAAGUGGAUGCUGAGGAACAGGAAAUUAUCCAGAGGUCAUCAGUGUCAGCAUUCUUCCAGUAACCAUUGACUAAGAAACACUGAGGAACUGGUAAAUCCUCGGCAAAUAUUGAACAAGGGCAAACUGUGAACGGUUCAUUAGUUAGUCCAUUAGUUUAUGUCAUGUUGUUGCUGUCUUUAAUGUUAUUUAACUGUUAUAGAUUAUAUAUCUAAUUUAUUCAACUGAUAUCAGGACUCCGUUUGAAGGAUUGUGUGACCUUCAAAGAUUGCUGGUAAAAUAUGUACUUGGAGACAAAGGGAAAUAAACAAAAUUGAAGAUGAGUUUCAGGCAUUCUCUCA